UAAACAAAUAUUUAAUACAUUUGUCGGGAGGGAAAUAUGCACAAGGUGACGAGUUCCAUUAAAAAAUUGAGCAGUGGAUUAUUCGUUAGUUCGUUUUUAAGGCAGGACAGGUGCAGUUAUUACAUAAUCGAAGAAGAAAAAAUAUCCCAAAUUUGUCUUCUCCUGGAAAACAAAGGAGUGGAUGAUCACAUCACAUCUCGUUCGCAGCAGACAAGUUGACGACCUAUCUCAUCCCAUUAAGCAACCAGUGAUCCGAUCUUCUUCUGGAUCGUAUCGAUCUUCAGAUCGUGGCCAAGAUUUAUUUAACCUCGGGAUCUUGGGCGAGAUGACGGCGACGACGAGGACUCCUUCUCCCACCAUCACCAAACGACUCCUAGUCAUUUCCAGCCUUUGCGUUUUCUUCUUGGGGCAAGAAACUGGGGGGAAGGACCUGUCACCCACAACGACGACCGUGCUGAGACGACACAAACCUAAAGAGCUCAUCUUUUCCGACGAGUUUUUCGAUUUCGAUACCAGCAUUUGGUAUCAUGAGCAUUACCCGCCGGGUCACAAGAACGGGGAAUUUCAAAGUUACAGCGAUAAUCCGGAAAAUAGUUAUGUCCGAGAUGGCAUCCUAUUCAUAAAGCCGACCUACAACCUCGACAAGUUUGGAGGACAGGAGCCAAGCUCCAGGAGGAAUCGGAGCAUUAAUGUGGGACCAAGACCGCAAAACGACUUUUCUCCGAAAGAAGGAGGAAGUUUUAACCCGAUCGUUUCCGCACGAUUGAAUACGCGGAGAGCAUUCGCCUUUCAGUAUGGUCAGCUAGAAGUGCGUGCCAAGGUUCCGGAAGGGGACUGGAUAUGGCCAGCCGUCUGGCUGCUCCCGCAACAAUACCGGUACGGAGAAUGGCCCGUCUCUGGCGAAAUAGAUUUAGUGGAAUGCCGCGGCAACCGUGAAUUGUUUAACGGCGCUGGUGAAAAUAUAGGCGUGACGCAGUACGGAAGCACGAUCCACUUUGGGAUGGACCGCGCCACGGAUAUGUGGCGUCUAGCGAAUUUUCCGAGAUAUGAUGAUCGCGGGUUUAACUCAAGGUUUCACACGUUCGGAAUGUUAUGGACGCCAGACGAGAUAGCCUUCACGUUGGACGGCGAGGUCACCGGAGUGGUGACCCCACCACCGGGAGGGUUUUGGGAAAUGGGGAAUUUUUCAGGACCUUCGGUUUGGAGUGAGAAUAAAAUGUCGCCGUUCGACCAACCCUUUAAUAUCGUGAUUAACGUCGCUGUUGGCGGAACUUUUGGUUAUUUUCCGGAUAACAGGGGACCAAAGAGGAAGCCCUGGAAUAACACGUCGCCCACGGCCUUGAUGGACUUUUGGGAUGCGAGAGAUGACUGGAUGUCGACCUGGAAAGGGGAAGAUUCUGCCCUGCAGGUCGACUAUGUCCGAAUUUGGGCGCUGUGAUGAUGAUUUAUGUCUUCAAGUAUUAUUUAUUCUCUUCUUUUCCUCUCUGAAAAUAAAGUGUCGUAAGAAACAUG